CUCCUCCUCCUCUCCAUCUUCCCCUCCCCUCCAUUGUCAGGCACCUGCUCCGAGGACUGCGAAGGAUGCUCCAUCCUUCCUCGCCAGGCCUCUCCCUGUGCCAAUAAGGAGGGAGGGAGCAGGGGGAGCGAUGCCAUUGGCGUGCCCCCGGCGGCCCCCCGGGAGGAAGCCGCCACCAUGACUCGGCGUCCGGCCCGCAUCGUUGCCUGCUCCAUGCUCAACUGCUUUGGUGAGGAGGGCCCUCCCAGUCUGGAAUAUAUCCAGGCCAAGGACCUGUUCCCCCACAAAGAGCUCAUCAAGGAAGAAGAAUCGUUACAGGUCCCAUUCGCAGUGCUGCAAGGCGAAGGCGUGGAAUACCUGGGCCAUGCCAGCGACGCUGUCAUCGCCAUCUCCAACUACCGGCUCCAUAUCAAGUUCAAGGACUCUGUCGUCAAUGUGCCUUUGAGGAUGAUGGAAAGUGUGGAGAGCCGAGACAUGUUCCAGCUUCACAUUGUCUGCAAGGAUUCCAAAGUCGUCAGGUGCCAUUUCUCCACUUUCAAGCAAUGCCAGGAGUGGCUGAAGCGACUCAGCCGAGCCAUCGCCCGCCCCACCAAGCCGGAAGACCUCUUUGCGUUCGCUUACCACGCCUGGUGUUUGGGGGUCUGUGCGGAUGAAGAGGACCAGCAUGCCCACCUAUGCCGACCGGGAGACCAUGUCAAGUACCGCUUCGAGAUGGAGCUGGCCCGGAUGGGCUUCGACCUGCAGAACGUCUGGCGGGUCUCUGACAUCAACAACAACUACAAGUUGUGCACUAGUUACCCGCAAAAGCUCCUCGUUCCCGUCUGGAUCACGGACAAAGAGCUGGAGAACGUGGCUUCCUUCCGCUCUUGGAAGCGGAUCCCAGCGGUGGUGUAUAGACACUUGCGCAACGGAGCAGUGAUUGCCCGCUGCAGCCAGCCCGAGAUCAGCUGGUGGGGGUGGCGCAACGCCGACGACGAGUACCUCGUGACCUCCAUUGCCAAAGCCUGUGCCUUGAACCCAGGACAGCGCCUGGCCGGGGGGACCCCGUAUUCAGGGCCCAGCGAGGGCAACGAGGCCUGCGAUGCAGGGUUCGAUUCGUCGUUGACGGCCUGCUCGAGCGUGGAGAGCUCGGCAACCCCGCAGAAGCUUCUGAUUCUGGAUGCUCGGUCAUACACGGCUGCCGUCGCCAACCGAGCCAAGGGAGGAGGCUGCGAGUGCGAGGAGUAUUACCCCAACUGCGAGGUGGUCUUCAUGGGCAUGGCCAACAUCCAUUCCAUCCGGAAUAGCUUCCAGUACCUGCGGGCCGUCUGCAGCCAGAUGCCAGACCCCAGCAACUGGCUCUCAGCCCUGGAGAGCACCAAGUGGCUCCAGCACCUCUCCGUCAUGCUGAAGGCGGCCGUCUUGGUCGCCAACGCCGUGGACCGGGAGGGACGCCCCGUCUUGGUGCACUGCUCCGACGGCUGGGACCGCACCCCGCAGAUUGUCGCCCUGGCCAAGAUCCUUCUGGACCCCUACUACAGGACGAUGGAGGGUUUCCAAGUGUUGGUGGAAUCGGACUGGCUGGAUUUCGGCCACAAGUUUGCGGACCGCUGCGGCCACCAGGAGAAAGCGGAGGACCAGAACGAGCAAUGCCCCGUGUUCCUCCAGUGGCUGGACUCCAUCCACCAGCUCCUCAAACAGUUCCCCUGCCUUUUUGAGUUCAACGAAGCUUUCUUGGUGAAGCUGGUGCAGCACACCUACUCCUGCCUUUACGGGACCUUCCUCGGGAACAGCCCCUGCGAGCGCGAGAUGCACAACAUCGCCAAGCGGACCUGCUCUGUGUGGUCCCUGCUCCGAGCCGGCAACAAGAACUUCCACAACCUUCUCUACAUCUCUGGCACGGACCAGGUGCUGCACCCGGUCUGCCACGUCCGAGCCCUGCACCUUUGGACCGCCGUCUAUCUCCCGGCGUCGUCCCCUUGCCCUCUGGGAGAGGAGCGCAUGGACCUCUACUUGCCUUCGGGGUCCCAGAGCCAGGAGUUCAGCAGCAGGUCACUCGACAGGUUACCAAAGACCCGAUCCAUGGACGACCUCCUCUCAGCCUGUGACCCCGGCAGCCUUCUGACCCGCACCUCGAGUGACCCCAACCUCAACAACCACUGUCAGGAGGUCAGGGUGGGCCUGGAGCCCCGGCACCCCAAUGCUGAGGAAGUCGCCAUAGUGGACAAAGAGAGCUUGGCCGAGGAGCCGCCUCAGGCAGCAGAGCAGCAGCACGAACCCCCUGCCCUCCAUCUUGGCGGCAUUUCGGACCCUUGUCAACUGCAGGACUGCGGGACAAUCACCCAACCAUCAAGCAGCUCAUCUUCGGAGGCAGGCGAAAGAGUAGGCGAGAUGGAUCCCGUUGCAGCACCGGUUCCUUUGGGGCAGAAGAAUAGUGGCCUGAAUUCGACCAGAACGGAAGAGCUGUUGGAAAAGCUUUCUGGUCUGGAACCCAAGGGCUCUUGGGAACCCUUCGUUCUCCCCCCGGCGGAGCCCUCCCUCCGGCCGUCCCCGCGAGCGCCUGGUUUUGGGAACCCGCCGGCCCUGAGCGUCCGGAGGCAGGAAGCCCCGUCCUGUCGCAAGGAAGAGGAGGAGGAGGAGGAGGAAGAGGGCAAGCGGGGCCACCACCCGGCGGGGAAGGCCCCGCCCGAAUGGUGGCGCAAAGCGGUCUCCCAGAGCCAGAUGAGUGACUUCUCCCUCCUAGGUGCCAACUGGGACAGUUUCCAAGGGAUGGGGGCCUCUCUCCCAGGCGGGGACGGGGCCCCGAGGCGGCUCCUCUCCUACGGCUGCUGCAGCAAGCGCCGCCACCUCUGGGCCUCGGGACUCGGCCUCAGCGGGCAGUGGCCUUCCAAGGAUGGAGCCAGGCUCCCUUCUGGCCCUCACUGCCCAGGGAAGACUGCCCGGCCGUGGCUGCCCUGCCACUUGAAGCAGGCCCUGGGCCCUAAGCCCUCGGCCCCCAGCAGCCCCUCGCCAGCGCCGCCCGCUUUCUACCUGGACGACGACGGGCUGCCCUUCCCCACGGACGUGGUCCAGCACCGGCUGCGGCAGAUCGAGGCCACCUACAAGCAGGAAGUGGAGCAGCUGCGCAGGCAGGUCCGGGAGCUCCAACUCCGGCUGGACAUCCGCCAUUGCUACGCUCCCCCUGCCGAGCCCCAGAUGGACUACGAGGACGACUUUACUUGCCUGAAGGAGUCGGACGGGAGCGAAAACGAGGACUUCUAUUCCGACCACAGCGAGGACUGUCUGUCUGAAACGAGCUGGGAGCCAGUUGACAAAAGAGAAACAGAGGUCACACGUUGGGUUCCAGACCACAUGGCCUCGCACUGCUUUAACUGCGACUGUGAGUUCUGGCUAGCCAAACGCAGGCAUCAUUGCAGGAACUGUGGGAACGUCUUCUGUGCCGGCUGCUGCCACCUCAAGCUGCCCAUUCCAGACCAGCAGCUCUACGACCCGGUCCUGGUCUGCAACUCCUGCUACGACCACAUCCAGGUCUCCCGCGCUCGGGAGCUGAUGAGCCAGCACUUGAAGAAGCCCAUCGCCACGGCAUCCAGUUGAAGGCCGAACGAAGGCCGAGCGAGCCCAGCCGGGCCUUUCCCCUCACUUUUGGCAGACUGGAAGAAGGAGGAAGAGGAGGAGCGGAAGGCUGCUCCUGUGGCAGCCGAGGAGGUCGGUUAGCGCAGCACUUGGUCACCAAGCCGCGCAGGCACGUGUCGGCCGUUUCUCUCCCAACCACCCCCCCGACCCUGACUCGAUGCCCCGUUCGUUGUGUAUUGGAAACUGGAUUAAAAAAAAACAUGUGAUACGGCCCGCGCUGUGGUACUGUUGGUGGUGGUCCGAAGGCCUGAGGGGCUCCAUUCGAGACUGGUUGUGUUUUUCCUUCGGAGGGUUGAUCUAAGUUCAUCUUUCGAUGCUGUAUCUUUUUUGGUGGAGGGAAGGCUUGGUCUUACUCAGCGGUGUCCAUACUCCAAACUUUGUAUAAAGGGAUGUCAGUAGGAGGAGACUUUCUGAAGGGGUUCCGUUUCCAGCUCAGAAGUCAGCCAAGUUGCAUUUCAACUCACCUUUCCUUCUCCAUAUUGCAAAGGCGAGAAGGUUGAAUUGCGCAUGGACAAGAGUGCGAGGGAUUGAUUGAUUGGCGCAUUUCAGUCGUUUCGAGACUGCCAGCAAAUAAGAUCUUCGCAAAAUCCCUGACUGGGAAUAGACUGUUGAAAGCAGCGUUUGGUUUGGACUUGCUCCCUGUCUCGUCUGCUGUGGCUAUAUCAAGCAGUGGUUUCCCCCCUUGGUUAUCUUCCGGGGGGAGAUGCCCCGAUCCCCUUUCUUGCCGCACUUGUCUCUCCCUUCUUUUGGGUUGCAUUUCUAUUCCCGAGGGCAGGCUUUUGUGGGAUUUCUAGACCUCCCGGAAUGUGCUUUUCCGUGCGCUUCUCGAGGGUUUCCAGUCCAAACUGCUGCUAAUGUUAUUUCUUUCUGCACUUAGUAAAUGAAAGGAAGGGAGGGGGUGCCAGUUUUUUUGAGAGCGAAGGGACGCUGGUAAAGCAGAAGAUGCAAAGGACAACACAGACCAUAAUCCACCAACAUCCAGAACGCGUUCCAGUCCAUUCCAACAUCAGUCGGUAAGCUGACUUGGCGAAAUGCCUUCUGGUUCAUGUGAUGAGUAUGGCCUUCAAAUGUGACCGGGCCGCACUUCCCAUCAUCCCUUGCCAUGUUGUUGCUUGGUGAUGGCUGAUGGGAGUUGUAGUCCUGUAUCUGGAAGACUGCAUAUCUGCCCCCAACAUACAUCAAGACUUUUCUUGCUCUUCUUGGAAUGCAGUUGACAUUUCCGCUUCUCUCCGUGAUUUUGUCCUCGACAGAAAGGAAAAAAAAACCCGAAAGAAUCGGCCAUAUACUCCGAACUUUGUAUAAAUAAAGGGAUGUAAGUAAGGAGGAGAGUUUCGACUCCGUUCCAUUUUCCAGCUCAUUUUGCACAGAUGUGAAAAACGCAAGGGAGGAAUUGUAGAGCAGGCAGGGCCCCUCGAAGUUGGCCGCGGGGAGAUCCAAGCUGCUUUUUGGCGCUCGUGAAUCCGUGUCUCUUGUCUUUCAAGCGAAACAAAACGGGGAGGGGGGAUAAAAAGAAAUGACGACGACCCGACGACUCCAAAACGAGAUCAGUAGCUUUGUGACAAAACAAUGUGCUGUAAGAAAUUCAAUACAGUGGAAUAAAAUCUCUAUAUUAGU